CUCCUCAACCAAACCAUGUCCACUCACUUCCAUGGCCUCAGCUGUAACCCCUCCUCCACUCCUUUCCACGACCAAUGCCAUAACCCGCCGCUCUCUCCUCCUCUCUACUUCGCUCUCUUCUCUCUCUACCGUUCCCAUGCCACUUGACACUACCAUAACCGACCGAGUCUUCAUGGACUUCUCUCUCUGCCCUACCUAUUACCGCCCUGACCGUACUCUCUCCGACACUAUCGCCACACUCUGCACCGAAUCGGCCCCUCUCGGCCGCGUCGUCCUCGGCCUGUACGGCCAUCUCGUCCCUCUCACCGUCUCUAAUUUCAAGACCAUGUGCACCACCGCUUCGUACAAGAACACUCUGGUUCAUAAAAUUUUCCCAGGUCAAUUUUUCCUGGCGGGACGGCAAGGAAGGAGAGACAAAGGCGAGGUGAGGCCGCCGUCGCAAUUGGUGAGAAAUACAGAGACUGUUGAUUCUAGGGCUUUUAAGCUUUCGCAUUCAAGGCCAGGGAUUGUGUCGCUGUGUUUAUCGGAAAAUGAUGAUGAAGAUGACAUUAAGCUUGAUCCUAAUUAUAGGAAUGUGGAGUUUUUGAUCACUACAGGGCCUGCUCCUUGUCCACAGUUAGAUAACAAGAACAUUGUGUUUGGAACUGUGCUUGAAGGUUUGGAUGUUGUAACAUCCAUAGCAUCAAUUCCUACAUACAAACCAUCAGAAAGAAUUCGGCAAUUCAAUGAUUUGGCAGAGUUUUUUGGAGAUGAAAGAGCACAAAAUGCUCGAGCAAUUUGGAACAGACCUCUAAAAACUGUUUACAUCAGUGACUGUGGAGAGCUCAAAGUCACAAAGCCAUCUCUUUCUCCUCCUAGCCUGCCUUAAAAUUCCACUAUUCAUCAACUGAGGUUCCUUUAUUCUGAUACCUUCUUGUCUAUUGAGCUUUAAAAUUUUAUCUUCUUUAAAAGAAUUAAAAAGAGUUUUUACUAUGUGUAAAUAAGGAGGAAUGAAAAUUCAAUAUCAAGGUUCAAUACAUUGAAGUUCUUAAUUUA